GCGAUGUUGGAGGAGCUGGCGCUGCGUGACCUUGGUGAGCUCUGCACGGCCCAGACAUUGGAGUCGGAACCUGUUCCAGAGCACCCGGCAGUCCCGGAAGGCGAGUGGAACAAGUACUGGGGCGGCGUCAAUGGCGGCUACCUCAACGCCAGCAUGGUGGACCGGGCCAGGAGGCAGGAACGAGAAUUGAUUAGGAAGCUGAAGUUUAUUGAGACCGUUCCUCAUCAGCAGUGUUUUGAGGAGACUGGCAAGCCGCUGAUCCCCUUGAGGUGGGUGGACACCAACAAGGGCGUCGCCGCCAAGCCCAACUACAGGAGCAGGCAGGUGGCGAAGGAGAUCAAGGCUAAGAAGAAGCCCGGAGAGCAGUUGGAGGCUUCGGAGGUCUUCAAAGCUAUGCCUCAGCUGGAGGCCAUGAGGAUCCUUUUGUCUCUGAUGGUUACUUGGGCGCGGCAGGGCCCGCUCCAGGUGCGGGAAGCCAUGAGGGGGAGAGGCCGCAAGACAGCCGGCAACUUCAAGAUUGGCAUGUUCGACAUCAGCCGGGCGAUUUCUACGGAAGGUGAUUACGCGGAGCUGUUGCAGGAGCACGGCUACCAACAUGGGGUAUUCAUUCCAGUUGUGUUCUACCGGGAGGUGGAUGAAGUACGUCUGCUUGGGCACGGCGACGAUUUCAUGGUUCUCGGACAGCAGGAGGACAUCGACGACUUCGAGAACACCCUGGGGCACGUGCCGGAUUGGUACAUCAACUGGUACCCCGGCUACUCGAUGGACGUGAUCCGCCACUGGUAUUCUAAGGUCAUGGAGAGGUUCGGCAUGGAUCCGACUUUGCCGCGCGAAGGGCAAAUGACCAAGGUGUCAAUAUGGUUCUCUACAGCCCUACGCCAUAGUCCAUAUUGGAAGGACGGAUUCAGCCGACACUUCGAAAAGAUCAGCACUUUCGAUCCAUACGAUGGCUGGGUUGUUGUUGACGAUCUGCUGACAAACUGGACUGAAAAUGAUCAGUGGAAAGGCUAUCGUGAAAUGCACGAGGUGCUGAUCAAGGGCAGGCCCCACACGUCAUACGUGUAUUGGGUGCUGCUAAACUGCUGUGAGAUGAUUGACCAUCACGGCAUGCAGAAGGGCAGGCUCCAGAUGAAGUGUUGGUUUAUCUCCCAGGACCGCGUGGACAUUGCAGAAACAGCCAAAACUCUAGCAAGAUCUACGCAGGGACCGACGGAGGCGAGCUGGUUGCUGUUAAACCGUACAGCCCGAUAUUUCAAGAAGUGGCCUAACAUGGUCACAGUAUUUGAGCAGAAGGUGUACGGGAAGAUCAGGAUCAACGUGGACACGGACCAUGCGGGGUGCGCAUUGACCCGGAAGAACACGGGAGGUUUCAUCGCGACGCUCGGUCUCCAUAUGAUCAAGCACGGCAGCAAUCUACAAUGUACGAUUGUUUUAAGCAGUGGGGAGAGCGAGUAUUAGGGCCUCGUGAAAGGAGG